CCCCCCGACGGCGGCGCCAACGCGUGGCUGUGCGUGCUGGGGGCCUGGUGCGCCUCCUUUGUCGGGUACGGCUGGAUCAACAGCAUCGGCACGUGGCAGGAGUACUACCAGAACGGGCCCCUGGCCGAGUACUCGCCCAGCCAGAUCUCGUGGAUCACGUCGCUCCAGGUCUUCUUCAUGUCGGUGCUGGGCCCCGUGACGGGGCAGAUCUACGACCGCUACGGCAUCACGUACCUCGUGCGCGUCGGGUCCGCGAUGCACGUCGUUGGCCUGAUGAUGGCUUCCCUCUCGGACAAGUACUACCAGUUCCUGCUCUCUCAGGGCGUGUGCAGCUCCAUCGGCGUCGCCAUGGUCUUUGUCUGCGGCCUGAGCUGCAUCAGCGACUGGUUCGACAAGAAGCGUGGCCUGGCGUUUGGCGUGCUGGCCACAGGCUCGAGCGUCGGCGGCGUCGUCUUCCCCAUCAUGUCGAGCAACCUGAUUCGUGUCCUCGGGUACGGCUGGGCGAUGCGCAUCGACGCGUUCCUCAUCCUCGCGCUCCUCGUCGUGGCCAACUUCACACUGCGCACGCGCAGGCCGCCCCGGCCCGUCAAGCUCACCGCCGCGAGCCUCAAGAAGCCCUUCACCGAGCUGUCGUUCAACCUGCUGGUCCUGGGCUUGUUCCUGAUGCCGUUUGGCAUGUACGUGCCCAUCACCUACCUGCCUGUCGCGGCGACGGGCGAGGGGUACGUGUCGCCGGGCAUGGCGAUCAACCUAGUUGCCUUCUACAAUGCUACAAGCCUCUUCGGCCGCCUCGGCUCCGGCUGGCUCUCGGACCGCUACGGCAAAUACAACAUCUACAUCCUCUGCGGCUACCUGUCGGGCAUCCUCGUCCUGGCGCUCUGGAUCCCGGCCCGCACCGAGGCCGCGGCCAUCGCCUUUGCCCUCUCCUUCGGCCUGGUGUCGGGCGCCUACAUCUCCCUCAUGGGCGCCCUCGUCCCGGCCAUCAGCCCCAUGGAGGAGAUUGGCUACCGCAACGGCAUCAUGUUCCUGUGCUCGGCCGUGGGGGGGCUCAUCACGAGCCCCAUCGCGGGCCUGAUCCUCGAGACGCCCGCCGGGUGGAACGGUUUGAAGCUGUUUGCGGGCGUGUUCCUGCUUGCGGGGACGACGGGCGUGGUGUUCGCCCGGGUCUCGAGGACGGGGUUCAAGCUGAAGGCGGUGUUUUGAGUUGCUUUGAGGAAAAGGAGGAGGGAAGGGUCAUAACAUGCAGGGGAAAUGAAAAACCGAGCAUCAGCGUGGAGAGCGGCGUACUUUCGGCCAUGCUGCGUUGGUCUUCAAAAGUUUAGCAUAUCUUUAGCGUUGCGUGCAAUCCAGCAUCAGAGCAUUGUUUUCAUCA